AUGUCAAUCCAAAUCAUUAGAAAGGGCGGUGGCCCGAAAAAGAAACCGGUUAGCCCAUCCUUGAAAGCUGGUCUGCAGUUUCCGGUCGGUGGGAUCGGCCAGUUCCUGAAGAAGGAGCGGUACGCCCAGCGGGUGGGCAGCGGCGCGCCGCUGUACAUGGCCGCCGUGCUGGAGUACCUUGCGGCUGAGGUUCUACCAAGAUAUNGAAAUGAUGAGGAGCUCGAGAAGCUUCUUGUUGCUGUGACGAUUGCACAUGGUGGAGAUAUUCGAACAUAUAUCCAGUUCUUUUGCCCAAGAAAUCUGAUAAAUCAACUGAGAAGGCGCCUAAAUCACCGGCUACGGCAACCAAGUCUCCCGAGAAGGCCUAAUUUA